AUGGAUGUCAUACUGGAGGUACUCGACACAUAUGCAUUCGAUCGACUAUAUGCGACCGUUCUGCCCUUGACGUCGUCAAUGUUGGCCAUGAGCACUGUCGGUGACUUUGCUGGCUCACCUAACGCUACCUGGUCGAGCAUGGCCCGCGGUGUUACNCCCUACAAAUUCGAGCCUGCGAGCCAGUACUUCUCGGUCGAGCCUAGUUCAUACGCCUACAUGAGCCGAUGGCCGCGAGACAACAUUGCCAGACAAGCCGUCUCUUUGUUCCUUAUCACAUGGUAUGCCUUGGGACUAACCAGCCUCUGGAAACCGCAUCGCAGACUAACAAUUUUACAGNNGGUCUUCGGUCUGCUAAACUACUUCAUCUGCGCCGGUCUCUCAUACAUCUUCGUCUUCGACAAGACAACAGUCCACCACCCCAAAUUCCUGAAGAACCAGAUGCGCCUCGAAAUCCGCCAGGCGCUCGAAGCCAUGCCCGUCAUGUCCGCUUUGACUGUUCCGUGGUUCCUGGGCGAGGUCCGUGGCUACUCCAACAUCUACGACGUCCUGCCCGAGAGCUCAUCGUGGAACCUCGGUGGCUGGUACUUGCUUGUCCAGUUCCCCUUCUUCGUCUGCUUCACCGACUUUUUCGUCUACUGGAUUCACCGCGGCCUGCACCACCCCAUGGUCUACAAGAAGCUGCACAAGCCUCACCACAAGUGGAUCAUGCCUUCGCCUUUCGCCUCGCACGCUUUCCACCCUCUCGACGGCUACGCUCAAUCGCUGCCCUACCACGUUUUCCCUUUCAUCUUCCCGCUGCAAAAGUUCGCCUACAUUGCUCUUUUCAUGUUCAUCAACAUCUGGACCGUCAUGAUUCAUGACGGUGAGUACGUUGCCAACAGCCCCAUCAUCAACGGCGCUGCUUGCCACACCAUGCACCACUUGUACUUCAACUACAACUACGGACAAUUCACCACUCUCUGGGACCGUCUUGGUGGCAGCUACCGCAAGCCCAACGACGAGCUCUUCCGCCGCGAGACCAAGAUGGGUCAAGCCGAGUGGCAACGUCAGGUCAAGGAAAUGGAGAACAUUGUCAAGGACGUCGAGGGCGACGACGAUAGAAGCUAUGAGCCCGAGACAAAGAAGCUCAAGUAA